AUGUCCUCAAAUACCAGACAAGGAGAUUUGGCCUCUCAAAUGACAUGCCUUAGUCUUCAGAGUGAGGCGCCUAACACCUUGUGUUCGCACCCUAUAGCACAACUUCCCGGAGAGACGUUAAUUGUCAUAUUUGGAAGCGCUAUUUGGCAGAACGACAGCCUCCGUCUCCGUGCAGCCUCAUCAUCAAGUGCAAUUUAUACUCACCCAUAUGUGUUCACCCUCGCACAGCUUGUCAUAUCUACCUCGUCUCUAUGGUCACUGGUCUCGUAUCGCGCGCGAGCGUGGUACCCUAAGCUCGUCAAUCUCCAAAUAGAAAGAUCGGGAUUAUGCCCGCUCCAGGUAAUGUUCAUCGCGCCUGCGAUCGAGGAGGAGAGCGAUCUGGAGGAAGAAGUCUCUACCGCUAACGCGUUCGUCUCACUUAUUUCGCCUCUGGUGUCGCGUUUCGAGGCUGUGCAUUUUGAUGUCUACGAAUACCGUAGCUUCAAGAGCAUCAUUGGUCUCCUCAACAGCCACGGCGCACCGUUGUUACAAGAGAUUGAUAUAGUUGUCUCUACUGCGCCGGCUUCGUUCGCCGUGUCCUCUCAUCUGCAGAUGGAUUGGACAAAUGACGAGGUAACCGCAACCGAGCGGACAGGUUCGACGCAUCCAUUCCUACGGAGCGUAAGCCUGCACGACCUCUAUCCGGUGUUGGUCGCCGCGCACACACUUACAAAUGUGACUCACGUCCAACUCAGUUUCACCGCCUCACACCGGCAUUGGCACAAAUACGAGCCCGAUUUUCCCCACAUAAUCCAAUUUCUCAAAGGUCUUCCGCGGAUUGAAGACGUUUUCUUUGAGUCAGACGCUUUCUAUCAACAUCCGCCCGAAUCCGACCCUGCUGUCAAGUUCCUGUACAGAGCUGAUCUCCCUAAUCUGCGUACCUUCACAUGGAAAGACGCGCUCCCAUGCUCUGUGGCAACCGUCAUGGACUCGCUAUUUGCGCCGCGCCUCGAGACGUUAAAGCUCGCUGUCGUAAAACAGCGUUAUUCAACAACGGACAACGGCUCGGCAUCGGUCUGCAUGCCAUCUCUGAAGGAACUUUAUGUCGAGUGCACAGACAAGAAGGGGCUCGAGAGCGCGCUUUGUGCGCUCGAUUUGCCAUCCUUGGAGCGGCUCGAGGUCACCCAUGUCCCGUUCCCGCUCUCCAAGUCCAUGAUCAUUGCUGAGCCAGCGCCUCCGGUCUUUCCGCACAUCACAUACCUCUUCAACGUCCCGUGUCUACAGAACCUCACACACCUUUCCAUCUGCGGGUUCACCAUCUCUAAAUCCCGUCUGAUAACCCGGGGCGACUACGGGUUCAUUUAUACCCCUUCACUACAGUGCUUGUCCCUUAUCGAAUGCACGCGCGCUAGUGGGCUGCUGGCUGAGCUCGCAGAAUCAAACGACAGCAUCAAUGUCGGGGUGAAGGUAUGUCCACGGCUGAGGGAGGUGACGAUUGCGGGGUGUGCGGACGUGAGCCGCGAGGACAUCGAGAGAUUGCUGAGGAGUAGGUCGCAAAGAUGCCAGCGUGAGGAGAUUCAAAAGAUCGUGCAAUCAAAAGGAGAUGCACAGCAGAUGGCGUUGCUUGGGAGGAAGAUUGUGCCUUUACGGAGGCCGAAGGGGGCAAGCCCGGGCGCCACGAUCCAUGGUAUGCCCACUUCGCCGUCAGCUGCGCCGAAGGCGGAGGAUCCGAACUAUGAGGCGUUUGUACCGGUGCAGCUCGAGAAGCUUUAUAUCGACGGCUGCGAGAUGGUUACGGAAGACGACGUGUUUGAGUUGGAGGAUAUGGAAUUUGGAACGGCAAUGUUUUAUUGGUAA